AUGGUGACGUCUCAAGAUAGCUUAUCCAGCAAUGCUUCAGAAAGACCAAACAAUGCACUCAACAUCUUUGACAACAGUGUCACCUUUUAUCGAGGAGCAUUUGAUGAUGAAGAGACGGCUGCUCAUGUCUACGAUCUUGCUGCUCUAAAAUAUUGGGGUCCUAAAACUAUUCUCAAUUUUCCUGCAAACAUGUAUUUAAAGGAGUAUCAUGAAAUGCAGAGCAUAUCAAAAGAGGAGUAUAUAGCUUUUCUUCGACAUCAUGGCAAUGAAUUUGCUAAGGACACAUCGGAAUAUCAUGGGGUUGAACAGCACUACAAAAGUGUGGGAUGGGAGGCUAGAAUUGGAGGCAUCUCGAACAACAAGUACAAUUACCUUGAGAUAUACGCCAAUGAAGAGGAGGCAACUCGUGCCUAUGACUUUGCUGCCAUUGAGCACAGUGGCUCGGAUGUAACAACCAACUUUCCAAUUAGUCACUACCUUCAACAAGCACCACAAAUAUUAGAAGUCCAACAAUUUUCUCAGCUGGAGGUAUCCCAGGAGGUUAAUUCGAUGCCCCAUUUCUUAUCGUCGAUAGAACCACAACCAGAGGGCCACUUGCAGGUAUCCUUUGAAGAUCCUACUAACUUGUUUCCUCCCCUUCCUUUUGGUGAUCCAAUGGUGGAACCUGAAGCCACCACCAUGGCUGCAGUCCUCUGUGGUGCAUCAGAUAGUCCUCAAAGUUUCACUGGUCGUAUCUUCGAACCGUACAUGGUUGAUAACAAUACAGCAGAUUUGUUUGAUGACUCGUAUCUCAAUGGACCCUUUGAGGAGAACUUUGAAAAUCUCUUCAUGGAGCUUGAACACAUCGAAGGAAACCUAGGAGGAGAAGGUGAUCCUAAUGGUGGAAGCAAGCACAAUGUUGAUGGCAAUAUGGAGAGAUCAAAUGAGGCUGCCAAGGACCAAGGAGGUGGUGGGACAUAUUAA